CCAUUUCAAAAUGGCUCUGCUGCAGAGACAGCAGAAGUAGGAGAGAGAUUUGAUGUAUGGUUUUUUCCUGUUAUUGUGAUGAUGUACAGCGUAGUUACUUGUCCUCUGGCUUAUAUAUUUAUUUUAUUAUGUGCCUUUUCGAGUCCUGCCGAAUCUGCAAAAAGCGAUAUUGAACUAGAUGCCAAAGCACAGCAUAACCAUCAGAUUGACAGCUUAAAUUUACUUUUGUAUACAUUCUUACUUACUUUGACAGUGUUAACCAUAUGGCUGUUCAAACACAGAAGAUUUCGAUUUAUUCACGAGACUGGACUAGCUGUGAUUUAUGGCCUUAUUGUGGGAGCUCUUAUACGAUAUGCUGGAAAUGCCAGUUCUGUUGUACACAUGACUGUUGUACCUGAGAAAGACAAAUAUAAUCUGUCUUUGCCUCCGGAUUCCUUAUGGCUACGUUUUCCAAACAAAGGAGGGUCACCAAAUGUUCCAAACAAGACGUAUGCCUAUACAUUCAGAGGAGAAAUUGAUGUUGAUGACAGUGAAAUUGAACUUAAGGCUACAUUUGAUCCAGAAAUAUUUUUCAAUAUUAUAUUACCACCAAUCAUUUUUCAUGCUGGUUAUAGCUUGAAAAGGAAAUACUUCUUUCGGAACCUUGGGGCUAUUUUGACCUAUGCACUGAUUGGCACAACACUGUCAUCGUUUGCUGUGGGUGCUUUGAUGUAUGGUUUCAUCCAGUUGCGACCCUAUCUGAAGUCAAGUUUCACGUUUUUGGAUACUUUAUACUUUGGUGCCCUCAUUUCUCCAACAGAUCCUUUGACAAUAUUAGCCAUUUUCAACGACCUUCAUGUUGAUGUCAAUUUGUAUGCACUUGUUUUUGGUGAAAGUGUCCUAAAUGAUGCAGUUGCUAUUGUUUUAAGCGGAGCUAUACAAAAUUAUGGAGAAAGGUACCAAUCAGGAUCAGGAGGUUUUGAAACUGAUGCAUUCUUUAGAGCAUUGGGGGAUUUCUUCGUGAUUUUCAGUUUAUCUCUCCUGAUUGGAACUGUCAUGGGAUGCAUUACAGCCUUGAUGACCAAGUUCACGAGGGUGAGGGAUUUUCCUCUCCUGGAAUCAGCUUUGUUUGUGCUGAUGUCAUACAGCACGUUUCUUAUCGCAGAGGCAUCUGACCUCACAGGUAUUGUGGCUGUCCUGUUUUGUGGAAUCUGUCAAGCACAUUAUACCUACAACAAUUUGUCCGUAGACUCUCGAACAAGGACAAAGAAGUUGUUUGAACUGCUCAACUUUCUUGCUGAAAAUUUUAUAUUUGUAUACAUAGGUGUUUCUAUGUUCACAUUUCCAAAACACCAUUUUGAUCCUGGAUUCAUCAUUGUGGGAUUUUUAUGUGCAAUGGUUGGUCGUGCAGUCAACAUUUAUCCUCUAUCAUUCCUUUUAAAUCUAGGUAGGAAACCAAAGAUCGCAUAUAACUUUCAGCAUAUGUUGUUUUUUGCAGGUCUGAGGGGAGCUAUGUCUUUCGCAUUGGCCAUCCGAAAUACUGUGUCAGAUGCAAGGCAAGCCAUGUUGACAACUACUUCACUGAUAGUUAUCAUAACAGUAAUAGUGCAAGGUGGUGCAACAAUGCAAUUGUUGACAUGGUUCAAGAUACCAUCCCAUCAAGAAGGAGAACCUUCAGGGAUGUGGGACGAAUCAAGUGUCGGGGUGGAAGAAGAAGUAGAAAUGCUUCCCUAUACAGGAGUUAGAAAUGUAUACAAUUCAAUGGGGACAACAUUGAGGGAGGACACAUCGGAGCAGCCUCGUGAGAGCAACAAAGUCAAUGAAAAAGCUUGGCUUGCUCGUAUUUGGGGGAACUUUGAUGUAAGAUAUAUGAAACCAUUUUUGACACAUGCACGUCCCACACUAUUGGAAACCCUUCCUGUAUGCUGUAAUCCUCUCGCAAGAGUUUUGACAACAACUGAGCAAAUGACACAGGAGAAUCGUUCCAGAUCACAAAUGGAUUCUGAUUCCGAUUUGUGUAUAGAUGACAAUGAUGUCAGUUACACAAAUCACCGUCGAUCCAGUGGUGCGAGAAGUGACAGUGUGACAAUAUCUGGUGAUUUAGGCCUUGGCAGUCGUGUAGUGGACACACGUGUUCGAAUCCCUGGACCUGGUGGAAAUAAUAUUUAAUCUGAUUAGGAAGUAUCAGGAAGGCUGUGAAAUAAGAAGAACACAACAGUAUUGUUUUGUGAUUAUUCCUAGAAUAUAAAAUGUGUGUAUCCUGUGUGAAGUUCUCUAAGCAAAGACCAAGCAGACAUGUUAGAUACAGUUCACUGCACUAUAAUUUUGCCUUCAACUGUGCUUGAUAUCAGUUCAGAAGUGUUUUCAUAACAUGUUCUGUAAACAACUGCAUGUGAAAUGUUGCCUCACUCUCAUUUGUUAGGGAAAUUUGUGUACUUGCAGCUUGUGGUUAAUGCUGUUAUACUUGGCAACUGAAUUUGCACACUGUUGCUCAUGUAGCUCAAUACAAGAAUCAUUUAAGAACUCUAAAACAUUUAUCACACAAUUUAUUGGAAACAAAAUUAAUAUAAUUCAAAAGCAUUAAAGUUUGUUUUACUAAAGUAUUCUUCUUUAUCAUGAACAUAUUUUUAUCACUUAUAAUUAAAAAUAUCUAUUAACCAUACUUUACUCUGUGUUGUCAGCUAAUGUUUGUUAUAACAGACAUGAAAAUAUGAAAAAUAUGUCAGGCAGCAAAAUAGAAAGAAAACUCUGAGUCAUUCGAAAAUACAUUCUUAUUAGAACAUUUAUUCUGGUGGGGUUUUGUCAUCUGCAAUGUGGUGUGUGCAAAGAAAGUAGCAGGAAGUUUCUUCGUGAAUAUUUAAUGACUUUGGAAAUAUAUUACAGUUGUGCUGGAAUAGAAAAACAUAAUUUCGUCUGUGGUUCUGCAUUAAGUCUUCUUUUUUCAUUUGUGAAAGUGUAAUACAAAUCCUAAAUUGGAUGUAAGUCAGUAUUAAAUGCUGAUUUAAUUUUCUUAUGUAUUACUCUCAUUGAGGAGACGUUUUAUAUACUUUACUGUGCUAGCAGAAAGAAGCUGCAUACAGCUCACUCAUGUCAUAAUAGAUGAAUAAUGCCAAAGUUUAUUUUAUUUUUAUUUUUGUACUGUAGUUUUCAUCACCAGCAGUUUUAAUUUACAUUAGAAGUGCUCUUAAAUUUUCAUUCAAAUUUUUCAAUUGUCCUCUGCUUCCAUUUAGCAGUGCGACCAUUAUUUGCAGCAACCAAACAGUUUUCUCCUUUAGUAAAACUAAUAUUUUAUUGGUAUAUUUACAGUUUAUUUCAGUAUACAACCAGUUUAUAAUAAUAGAUUCCCUGUAGAUAUAGAAAUAAAUAUAAUGCCAGAUAGGCAGGUUGUCUUGUGACUUCGGAUUCAGAGUGGACCAUCACAGCUUAAUGCACAGAACAUCUGGAAUCUGAUCCUUUACAGGAGCUAUUACAUUCUUUAUUUAGGAUAAGUUUCUCUAAACUAUUCAUAAUCAUAGAUGAGACAGGUUUCUGUGCAUGUUUAUAUCUUCAACUUUUGAUUUGAGGUUAGCACUGCAGAUUCAUUGAACACUUUGUACUUCUGUUAACAGAAUUUUUUACUUCUCAUAUCAAGUUGUCAGUUUAACACUUCUGCUAUAGCAAAAUUAAAUUAUUCCUAAUAGUUAUUCAGCUGCAAUUGGAAAACUACAAUAGGGAUCUCUUUACAGAUUUUCUGUAAAUGUACCUGGUUUCUUAUAUAAAAUUGUGCUGAUUUGCUGUUUGAUAAUGAAAUAAAAUUGAUAGUAAAACAAUUGAACCAUUAGUAUACAGUUCUGCUCCAAUGGGAAAGACUAAGCACAGCACACAGGUAACUGCUCACUAGUGCUGAACUGUUAUGCUUGAGAUAACCAUCUAUGCACACAUUUAUCAAUAGCAGAUGAAAAAAAUAGUAUAGAUAAGUGUGAAGAUGAGUGCCAAGAACUAUAGCGUUUAGAGAGAAUUUUUUUAAACUAAGAUGCCAGUGUAUUGUCUUUCAGAUGCAUUAUAAUUAAUACUUUAAAAUUCCAAUUAUUUCUGCUGUCUACCAGUUGAUAAAUGUGGCUAUCAUGUUACAUAAUUUUUUAAAUAGCUUUGGUAAGGUUUAUAAAUUAUUGAAAAUUGUGGAAAUGUAAUUUAAACUUAGUAAUUAUUUAACUUAUUUUCCUUAAAUUGAGGUCUCUAAUGGAGCAGGAAAAUACCAUAUUACUUGCAAUUGGUUUUCCAUGAUUGGUAUGCAAAAAUAUGAGGGGAAAUAAUAUAACAAUAUGAUCAUGCAACAAUUAUUGCACAAUUCUUGGUAAUUUGAUAACCAUUUGUUCAGUGUGACAAAUAUAUAAUGUAAGGAGUCAUGAAAGUUAUUUUCUGUAUAUUAGCACUUCAAGUGGCAAAAAGUUUUUUUUUUCAGCAGAAAAAUAAAAUACAUGUCAGUACGUACUCUUUGGGAAUAGUAGUGAAUAAUCCAGCCCAAUUUAUUGUGUAUUUUUAAGUCUGCUGUUGUGUAUGGGGUGAUAACAUAUUCAUCAAUGAAUCAGAAAAAAAUUAUGCAUGGUAAUUCCAGUUAUUUAUCAGUGGUGUGCGUAUAUUUGCCAUUGUCACUUAAAGGGUUAACUCAGUUGCUUUCACAUUUAUAUAAUAAAAUACAAUAUUACAUGCUGUGGCACAUACAUCAACAGUACUUUUAAUCAGGGCAUGUCUGUUUAUAUUUUAACCUACUAUAAUAUUAAAAGUUAUUUCAACUUAGAGAUUUGUUUACACAGGUAAUAAAUGUAUUGUACAUUUGCUACUUUGUAGCUUAUAUAAAUAGUAAGUAUGUAGUAUUAACAAAUAAUUGUUUGAUGUAAGCUGCUUGUUGGAACUAGUUUAUUUUAUUGGACUAGUUUCAUUAUAUGUCUGUGAUUUUUCAUAUAAUUAUAAUUUGACUUGCCUUAAACAUGACAUUUUUUAGCCUGUGCCAAUGAUACUAUUUCAUAAUAAUAAUAUGUAAUAAUAUGAUUACAUACUUUAUAUGUACUUAAAUGGAAUCAGCAUAAGGUUUCUUUUAUGGAUAUAUACUCAGUUGUCAUUAGCAAGUGCUGUACAUGCAAUGAUUAGUUAUAUAUAGCAUAGAAUAUAUAUAAUGAUGAUGUAAAUAAAAUAGAAAGAAACUUCCACAUGGGAAAAAUAUAUUAAAAACAAAGAUGCCAAGACUUACCAAGCGGGAAAGCGCCGGCAGACAGGCACAAUGAACAAAACACACAAACACACACACACAGAAUUACUAGCUUUCGCAACUGAUGGUUGCUUCUUCAGGAAGGAGAGGGAAAGACGAAAGGAUGUGGGUCUCCUUCCUGAAGAAGCAACCAUCAGUUGCGAAAGCUAGUAAUUCUGUGUGUGUGUGUUUGUGUGUUUUGUUCAUUGUGCCUGUCUGCCGGCGAUUUCCCGCUUGGUAAGUCUUGGAAUCUUUGUUUUUAAUAUAUAGAAUAUAUAUAAUACUACUACUGGUUUGUAUUGUAUAUAUAUUUCUUUGUUCUGCUAGCAGAGAUAACACAAAUUAGAAGUAGCAUUAUAUAUAUUCUGUUAGACAUAACAAAAAACAUUCUUUGCAUGUUCAGCAACUGCCAACAGCAACAGUAUAUAAUCAUAUUACUACAUGAUUAUUAUGAAAUAUCAUCAUUGGCUUUUGCUAAUAUAUUAAAUAUAAGUUACAUGUUAAAAGAAGUAUGUGUCUUUUGUAGUGUAGAUACCACCGACAGUUGGCACCCCCAAAACAAGUCCAGUAAAAUCAACACUAUCAACAAACAGCUUAUAUCAAACAUUUAAUUAUUAAUAUGACAUAUUCACAGUAAAUGUAAACUUAAUAUUGAGGACACUUAUAAGAAGGAACACAUAUUGUUCAUAAAAGAUAUAUGAAAUACUGCAACUGAAAGAAACUUUUCAUUGUUUGGCAGAGUACUUAAAACUUUUAGUUAUUGUCAGUAUUUAAUUUAUUUUCACAACUACAACUGGAAACUACUAUUACAGGGUAUAUGUAAUUAAUAUGCAUAUUUACAUGAUUGCAAAAAAACGCUACACAUCAUGUGCCCUUGUAUCAACAUCCUAUCAAAACAAAAAAGAAAUUAUUUAGAGAUUUCCAGAGUUCACUAGAGGAGAGUCUGUAACACGUCUAUUUGUGAAUUAGAUGGUAUGGUUGAACAAGACAGAAGUGUCAUUGGUAAAAGACACCUGUGCUAGAUGAUCUCUAAACCUUUAUUAUUUGCAUAUCAUCAUCAUCAUCAUCAUCACUAUCAUCUCCAUGUAAGACUUUGAAUCUCCACACAGUAUACAAGAUUUUUUGUGAUUGCAUGCCCUCUUCACUUCAGUCAUAAUGUAUUCAUAGCCAAAACAAAAUGAAAACUGGAGAGAGGCUGAAUUUAUAAACAAUAAAUGAAAAUUACAAGGUCAGCAGGGAUACUAAGUUACACUAACUUAACAAGGGUGGAAGAGAUGGCCUCUGUGGACCAAUUAAGUCAGAUCCAGAGGGACUAACUACAUUUACAGUGAAUAAAUGUAGGACAGGAUUGUUAAUGCUGGAACACAUUUCUGCUUGUAAUGAUAAUGAGUACUAUAACUAUUGUCUUCUGUUAGCUUUUUAACUCUCCACUAAUUUCAUCUUAUCAUACUUUUAACACCAUAUGUGGUAAUCUGACCCACCCGUAUUAAAAUUUCUCUCUCUUUUUGGCCAAAGCAGUACCUUGUUGCUGUUAGCAUGCAAAGAAGAAAUAUUCAUUACAAGAGCUUGGUAGUAAUUAUAUAAAAUAAUGUCAUCCUCAGCAAGCUAAUGGAUUCAACACCUUUUUAUCAUCAUUUUAUUUUGUGUCAGUACUAUCUUGAUUCAGCCCACCCCAAAGGUAAAUUUUUCAGUUUGUCAUAUUUAAAGAAGGAUCUUGCAGUUCACACUCCACAAAAUAUUCACUAGAAAUGAUGUUAGAUUCUACAGUACUGCUAUCUCUUUGUAGCUUGUGAAGUGUAUAUUCCUGGUUAAAUUUACUGUAAAAUUUUCUAUUUUUUCUUAUACCCCCAGUUUUCUGCCAGUCAGGCUUGUCAGCAUUCUCUCUCUAAUUCUCUCUCUCUCUCUCUCUCUCUCUCUCUCUCUCUCUCUCUCUCUCUAUCUAUCUAUCUAUCUAUCUAUCUAUCUAUCUAUCUCCCCUCCCCCUCUACUGCCCUCCCCCUUUAAAAUUCUUCAGAAUAUCUUGUUUUUCAUUUGAAUUUGGCUUCUGCAUAAAUCAUUAGAAAAUUAAGAGAAUCAUAAGGAAAUCCUGGCUUCAAAAAGCACCACAAUUUUCCUUGCUAGAUGAGCAGCAUGAUGUCAAGAUGGUCAUAGCUUUUUCUUUGGGCUCUUUCCUUUUUACCCCUAGAUUUCCACUAAACAAAGUGCACAGGCUCUAUUAUUUUCAUUUCCAUUUUCUGAAUUAUGACAGUGUCUGAUGAAAGCAAUGUGUGUUUUCUAAUAUAAGUGAAUUAAGUCAAUAUUUCAGAUAUACAGUAUUAUUCUAAAAAAGUUGUUAUUGAUAAACAAUAUUUCACAUUUGACAUGACUUUAAAAAGUUAUAUUUUGAUGUUGAUUCUACAUAAUACUGUAUGAGUAUGUUGUAUAAAAUGAAAUGAAUGUGAAAAAAAUAUAGAUACAGUGUGAUACUUGAAUAUAUAGAUGUAACUUGAAAACAAUCAGAGAUGGAGGCAUGCAGAAAUAAAGAUUGAAGCUUAA